CUGCUGUCAGGGGAGGGGGCGGUGCGUGGCCGCUCAUUCUCUUUAGUGUUUGUCAAUGUUGGAGGUGUGAGCAGCCCGGCCCGGGAUAGCCAGAGCUAGAGAAUGGCACACAUCAAGGCACCAUCAUCUGCAUCCAUGUGUGACUCUUCUUUUUCUUCUGUGCUACCCACUCCUGCCACCAGUGCCAGUCAGAUGAGUGUGCAAAGCUCCCUGAAUGGGUCAACUACAGAAACGGCCACAGGCAGCCCCCCUGAGAGUUUGGUGGAUUCUUCUUCCUCUGCAAGUUCACCAGGUGUGGCUGCUGAAGAUGGGAAAGCCAAAUUCUUGGAAGUGCCUCUCCAUGAAAACAUGACAAACCCCAAAGAGAAAACGCCAAUGUGUUUGGUGAAUGAGUUAGCCCGCUUUAAUAGGAUUCAGCCACAAUAUAAACUUCUGGAUGAAAGAGGACCAGCGCAUUCCAAGUUAUUUACUGUACAGCUGACACUAGGAGAUCAGUCAUGGGAUGCAGAGAGCACAAGCAUUAAGAAAGCGCAACAUGCCGCAGCCAGUCUAGCAUUAAAGGAAACCAAACUCCCCAAACCUGCCGCCAGACAGAUGAAAAACAUGAUCAACAAUAACCCAGAAGCUGCUGCACGACGUGGAAAUGUAUAUUCAUCAACAAGACCCUCUGCUAAAGGAAGCAUUACACCAACGGUUGAGCUGAAUGGUCUGGCUAUGAAGAGAGGUGAGCCUGCCAUUUACAGGCCUUUAGAUCCUAAACCCCUUCCAAACCACCGCACCAACUACAACUAUCGGGGGAUGUACAAUCAGAGAUACCUUUGCCCAAUGCUAAAGACAUUCUAUGUACAGCUGACAGUUGGUAACAGUGAAUUCUAUGGAGAGGGUAAAACCCGCCAGGCGGCAAGACACAGCGCAGCAUUAAAAGCCCUGCAUGCCCUGAGGAAUGAGCCCAUACCGGAGAGAUCAACCGUGCAGAAUGGGGAGACAGGAAGGGGACCUGAAGAAGAUAAAGAUGCAAACAAAUCGGAGAUCAGUCUGGUGUUUGAAAUUUCCCUAAAGCGCAAUCUCCCGCUCAGCUUUGAGGUGACCAAGGAAAGUGGCCCUCCGCACAUGAAGAGUUUUGUUACCAGGGUGACAGUGGGAGAAUUCACUGCUGAAGGAGAAGGGAACAGCAAGAAGCUUGCAAAGAGGAGGGCUGCUGCAGCAGUACUGCAAGAACUGCGAAAACUUCCUCCUCUUCCUAUAGUUGAAAAACCAAGACUUUAUGUGAAAAGACGCCCCAAAACCAUAAUAAAGGCUUCCCCAGAAUAUGGCCAGGGAAUGAAUCCAAUCAGUCGCUUGGCUCAGAUUCAACAGGCUAAGAAAGAGAAGGAACCUGAGUAUGUCUUGCUGUCAGAGAGAGGAAUUCAGCGCAGAAGAGAAUUCAUUAUGCAGGUCAAAGUUGGAGAACAAACUGCCACUGGAGCUGGGCCCAAUAAGAAGACAGCAAAGCGAAAUGCUGCAGAAGCCAUGCUGUUGCAGCUUGGCUAUAAAGCUUCAACACCCGUUGCAGAGAGCAGUGCAAAGCAAGCAGAAGUUCAGAGCUGGGGAGAUCAAGGUUCUGGGGCAUCUGACCAAACAAGCACUCCCAAGGGAAUUCUUCAUCUCUCACCUGACGUCUACCAAGAAAUGGAAGCCAGCCGCAGUAAAACUGUACCUGCUCCUUCUGUCAACUAUUUGUCCUCCAAAGAGUUGAGCCCACCAUCCAGCUCAUAUUUUAGCACUCCAGUAGGCCAAAGUUGCAGUGCUGCAAUUGCCAGGGAGCUCCUGACCAAUGGAAGCUCCCCUACUGCAGAGGCUAUAGGAUUUGCAGGGAACAACAAGACUUGCACCACAUCCUCUGUCCAGCCUUCCAAACAGCUGGAGUAUCUGGCAGGCAUUCAGGGAAUGCAGGCAGCUUUAAGUGCCUUGAAACAAUUUUCAGAACAAGGACUUGAUUCAGUGGAUGGAUCUCUCAUGUCAGAAAAUGGAUUAUUUGAACAAGCCAAGCUUCGUGGAGAGAAGGCAGACACUACGCAGGCUAACUCAGGCACCACUGCUCAGGACUGCAAGGAUCCAAAGGCCAUCGUCUAGAAGCUUUGCGGCGGCCACUGCAUCCUUAUAAACCUGUCAACACGCAAUAGGGUGUACGUGUACAAGGAAACGAAUCACUAAUACCAUUAAACAAGUCUUAUGUGAAGACAACGCUAUCCUAAAGCAAGAGAUAAUAUUGAGUACUGUUUAUACAAAGACGGGACUUAUAUUAGCGUAAAGCACUUCCCCUGCAAUCUGAGACCACAUCUUUAAUUUAAUGGCUUUGAGAAGGCAGAAACCUGAUCUUAUUAGUGCUUCAACUUAGAGUUUAUUAGCAAAAGUGUUAAGAGAGCAGAAACUAAACUCCAACCAGCUAAGCUCUUCAAAACAAAAAAUAAGAAAAAAAAUUGAAAAACAAAACAUUUACGAAAAAUCACAUUGGUUAGCGUUUUAGUGUUCCGUUUUACUGGUAUUACCAUGAUUUUUUUUUUGUUUGUUUUAGUAAAUGCUUUGAUAUUUUAAAACUUAACCAAUGACAGUGCUUAGUGCUUGUGAAAGUUGUAGUUGUUGUCUUCAUAUAUAGUCACUGCUUAUGUUUUCUGGAGCUAAAAUGCAGUCUUCACUCUGAAAUUCAUUACAGCAUUUAAGCAGAAGAUCCAGACUAACCAAUUGUAUCAUGCCCGACAUUUGCUUAAAGACAUGAGCUGAUGUUUGUAGCAUUGAGUCACAGUGUGCCCAAGAUUUUGCAGUUUAGAUCCAACCCACCCUCUAUAACUAGUAAGCAGAAAGAUCUUGUUCUUUUUGGUUUUUAAUUAUUUUAGAAUUUAAUUUCCCUUUCUCCUGCCCUCCACGCUGUUGUGUGAUGAACAUUUACACCCAUUGUGUUGUAAUGACUCACAGUUACAUCAACUGAGUGUUUUUAAUACCUGCAUUCUGCACUCUUGACAUCGGCUAGCCCAGAGGCGAAAAUCAUGUAACACUGACCACAAAGCGGUAUUAUGAGCGUUAACAUUUCUAUGGCUGGAUAGACACUGUCAGUCAGGCAAAAGAGUUUUAUUCUGGUUUGAUUUUCUUUUUCAACCUGUGUACCAUCACGUAUUGAGACAGUGUGAUAUGGCCAAAUGCAGUAAAACCACAUCAGUUCAUGU